AUGAGCCAGAACCCAGUUACCAAACUCAAGUUACCGAAAAAAGGUUUUGCGGGGCGCCGAGAAGCACAAAAGAAUGAUGAUAAGGCUAAACCAACAACAUUAGUCACGGCCGAAGACUACCUGGAAGAAGGAUCAGAGCUCGAAGAGAAUGGCGAUCGGUGGUAUGGCAGUGACCUUAGUAAAGCUUUACGGUUUUACCAAAAGGCCUUCGAGCAUUAUCAACAGGCAAUUGAGUUGGGCAAUGAUGCUGAAGCAUACUAUAACUGUACACGGCUCUUAUUUCAUGUCUACUCCAACUAUACCAAACCAGGCUACCUUGACAUGAUAAAAACGGAUGGGAUCAGCUCAGUUUUAGUGGGGCUUGAAAAUAUAGUGAAAGCAUACCAGCAAGCAGCUUCGCUUCCUAAUCCUAGUACUGAUUUGUUAUAUAACAUGGCGUUGGUUUAUACUGAAGUUGUGGAAGCGGAUGACAAUUCCCAAAAUGUGUGGGAUGCAGGAGUACAAGCUCGGGAUCUUUUUUCGCAGGUUCUUGGGCGCCAGCUGAAUGAGUUCGAUCAGUUCUUGUCUGAGUUAAGUGAAGUUUCUACUAGUGGUAAUGUGGGUGUCACUGGUAGUGGCAACACUAACUCCUCGUCUCUGCAGACUGCGGAGAUGGAGUCUGUUUCAGUUGUUCAACCUACCGAUAUUUACGACACAGUGCUUGCUGGUUUCAAGCUUGUGCAAGCGAUGGCGGAGCUGGGAGUGACGUUGGACAAUGAUUGGGCUCAAUUUGUGAGUCAGCUCGAUGCUGCGGCUAAUAAUUUGGUCAAUAACUUUUCGGAGACUUCGUCAUCACCUAACUCUAUGGUACAAAAUUUGACCCAGUCUCAGGUUGAGGAGUUAAGCCUUUCAAAAUUGGCGAUUGAAGCGGUAUCGGGGGAUUCCGCGCAUUGUAUUGAGUUAUGGAACAAUGAUAGCCGGGCACCAUUUACUGCUGAACGUUAUAUGGUAGCUAACGAUUGUCUUAACACGGUCAUCGAACGUGAAGGCAUAGCUGAUCCACAACUACAAUGGAAAGUUGUAUCGCAACAAGCAGCCUGGCUCAAGCAAGCGCAAACAUUGCUUUCGGAGCGGCACCUGACUAUAACCAAGACUCUGCUGCUGGCGGAAGAGCUUGGCCUGUUGCUUGCUCAGCUUGCUGAGUGCAUUAUUGCUCGAGCCGACGCUGAAAUCCAACGGAGUCAAAUUAAUUGUGACGCCGCUAAUAAUAAUCGUGAGAUUCUCGUUCGCAACGCUAAGACAUUAUUGAAAAGUGCCAUGCUGUAUGCUAAGACUAGUGGUGGACUUCGGGAACGGGCUCUGGAGAAGCUUGCUCGUCAGGCUCAACUCGCGGAGGCGGUGGCGAGAAUGGGCUUGCUCGAAGGGAAACUGGCACUGGAGAUGGACCAGAUCAUGGGGGUUGGGAAAUGGCAAAGAGUUGUGCAGGAGAUUUUGGUGCUUGGGAUCUACCCCAACAUUCAGUAA